AUGGAGUCAGUUAUGGAAGACGUCGCCAAAGUCUUGAACAUAGAUCCAAUGGAGUUCAGAAAACUAAACUUUUUCGAAAACGGACAGAUAACAGCCCGUGGAAUGGUUCUGAAAUACUGCACCAUCAACAACAUUGUGUCUCAACUGGAGGCGUCAGCCGAUGUACUGAAUAGAAAACAACAGAUUGCAGCUUUCAACCAGGAUAACAGAUGGAAGAAGAAGGGCAUUUCGGUGAUGCCUCUCCGCUUCGAGGUGAACUUCACUCACGCCCAUCAAAAUGUCUAUGUGACGAUAUUUCACGCCGAUGGAUCCGUUGCCAUAGCGAUCGGCGGUGUGGAGAAUGGACAGGGAAUCAACACAAAGAUGAAGCAAGUCUGUGCCUAUGAGCUUGGCAUCUCCAUGGACAUCAUCAGGGUCAAGUCGACUACAUUACUGACCAACUCCAACUCCAUGGCCACAGGGGGCAGUAUCACCAGCGACGUUAACGCAUUGGGAGUCAUGCAAUGCUGUCAACAGUUAAAGACCAGAAUGGCACCAGUCAAAGCCAAAAUGGUCAAUCCUACCUGGCCGCAACUCGUUGCGCAGUGCUUUGCCGAAGGAGUGGACUUGUCAGCCAGCAGCUUUACUUUCCCAUCUGGGGACUUUUGUGACUACAACGUCUACGGUGCAACGUGCACAGAGGUCGAAGUGGACGUUCUGACUGGGGAGAAUCAGAUAAAUAGAGUUGACAUCCUGUAUGACUGUGGAGAGAGCAUGAAUCCUGAGAUCGACAUUGGACAAGCUGAGGGUGGGUUUGUGAUGGGUCUGGGAUACUGGCUGACCGAACAGAUGAUCUUUGACCCCACGACUGGCACCGCCCUGACUGAUGGAACAUGGAAUUACAAGCCCCCACUAGGAAAGGACAUUCCUAUUGACUUCCGUAUCCAGUUCCUCAAGAAUGCUCCCAACCCACGUGGAGUCCUGAGGGCCAAAGCUGUAGGCGAGCCGCCCCUGUGCAUGGCUGCAUCAGCGUUGUUUGCCGUGAAACACGCCAUCGAGGCUGCCAGAAAGGAAAUAUCGAAGGACGAAUUCUUCCCACUUGAUGGUCCAGCCACGGUGGAGGCUAUUCAGACAGCAUGUCAAGUUGACAGCUCACAGUUUGUGUAUGGGACGUAGUUACACAUGUCCAUCAGCAGACCACAGGGCCUUGUUCAUCUGAUGUAGGACGCGCUCAAAAGAAAUGUGGAGCCAGGAGGACUAUGUGAAGCUUCAGAGAAGGACUGUGGGAACGUACCUAUGAGCUAUAUUUAUCUGCCAUCCACGAUGAAUGGCAGCCGACGUGUGGAGCUCAUAUGUGCCUACCAUAUGAUACAGAUCAUCCACAUCACCUAGUUUCAUUUAAUGUAAAAAUACAGUUUGAUAUUUCAAGUGCUGAAUUACAUGAACACGUAACUCAAUACUCAACAUAGACAUAUCUGUGGAGUAUCAAGGUGACAUCUAUGUACAGCAAACUUUUACUCAUGUUGCAUCCAAAGCUGUAUUACACUUGGACAUCCAAUCGUUGUAUAUCAUUAAGAAUCCAUUGUUAUUAGCAAAUCGGAGAUUACACGCAAUGAUAUAUUUUGAAAUAUAUUUUGAAGUGAUACUAUUUUCUUACAUCCACUGAGUUAUCAUGUUCACGAGGUGACAUACUUCAAUACUUCCAUGAAAAUAGAUAUAUGUCUUCACUCGUCCCCUGGUAUAAACGUGUUGUAUUCCAAAAUGAGAAAAUACAUUGAUUCAUAUAUUUUCGAUGUCUGCAUUUGCUUAUCAAACGUAUAUGUGUAAUUUAUAUCAUACACUGAAACAUGAUAAAGGACCCUUGAUUCGUUCAUAUUACUGUAGUUAAUGGACCUCAGAUUUGUUCAUAUUAUUGUAGCUAAUGGGCCUAAGAUUCCUUCAUAUUAUUGUAGCUAAUGGGCCUAAGAUUCCUUCAUAUUAUUGUAGCUAAUGGGCCUAAGAUCCCUUCAUAUUAUUGUAGCUAAUGGGCCUAAGAUUCCUUCAUAUUAUUGUAGCUAAUGGACCUCCGAUUAGUUCAUAUUAUUGUAG